GUAGUUUCGAAGUUCUCUAUAAAUACCGAUUCACAUAGUGCGCAUUUCAAAAGUGUUCUGAACUUUCGUUCAGUGUAUAAAUACAAUAUUUAUUAUACAAUAAUAAUUCUAUUGUUCUGGAUUUUUUAACUUUUUGAGAAACAUGGUUUCUUUAAAAAGAAUUUUGCUGUUGUGUCUAUUUAUCUUUGUUCUGGUACACAGCUUUCCGAAAUUGUCAAAGAAGAAACUUGGAUUUAAAAAAAUUUCAUCAUUAAAAAGUUCGUUAGGAAGUAGCAAAGAUGUUUCAUCUAGCAGCGGAUCAAGUUGGGUAAAAUCUCUUUCUAGUUUCGGAGGAUCAUUGUUGAAAAAGAAAAAGAAAAAUAAAAUAUCGCCAGUAGAGAAUUUUUUUUCAGGCGGGACAAAAAAAUCCAAAAAGCGGCCAAAAAAUUCGUCAGUGGAAAAAUUGAAGAAUAUUAAAAAAUCAAUAUAUAAUAAAGGAAAAAAGAAAUAUAGAAAGAUGAAGAAAGUUGGAAAAUCAAUUAUUAAGGAAAGAAAAAAGGAAUAUAAAGAUUUAAAGAAAGCAAUGGACGAGAAGAAAAUGGAAUCGAAUGAGAAAAUUUUAACCGAUGACUUGGCAGAAUUAGAUCUCAAUGAGAAGGAAAAUAUUCCCAAAAAAGAGAAGAAAAAGAAAGGCUUUUGGGGUUAACUAAUGGAAAUUAGUAAGGAAAAAAUGAAGGCAUAAUUAUUUCAGUGUAAUUAAUAGAUAAAGAAAGAUACAUUGAAAAAAAUGUUUUAUUCAAAUAAUUGUGUAUAUAUUAUCAAAUAAAUAUUUAUUUGCAUCCAAUAA